AUGUCUUCAGCCAUCACCAUUCCGCUUCCCAUUCCUAGUGGAGGAGAACCUAUCAAAGAAUUCCACCGCUUCCCUGACCUUCCUCCUGAAAUACGAAUUCGGAUUUGGCAAAUGGCAUACGACGCUAUUCCAGAUACGCUCGUCUACCGUUUCCGACUGGAAUUCUCAUCCAUUCCUGACUCUGAACUGAGUGACGACGAAGAGGAAACCGAAGUUCCACAGGCUUUCUUCGCACCAUUGAAGGAAGUGAAAUAUUUGACUCGCGAAGUUCGCAGUCUUCGAAAGGUCAACCGAGAAUCCCGUUACGAGGGUGAGAGCUUGUUCGACGGCUGUUUACGCUUGAACCAGACCGAGCAAGGCGGCACCACUGAUCUCUGUCCUCCCAUCAACCUUCCAUGGAAGGGCAAUCGAAGUGUCUUUUGUUUCGUCGGCUUGAAUGAGUUUGAUCUGGUGUGCCUCGAACAAGCGAGCUGGGUCUUCAUCGCCCAGGUUUUCAGCACAGUUCGAUUGCUUGGACUCGGCUUGGACAGGGAAUCUGAAGACGGAAUCACAGCCGACGGUGAUUACCACGAGUUCGCGGAAUUCAUUUUACUGUUCCAAGAAAUACACGAGGUGGCUCUUGUGAGUGAUAGACUCAUGUCUGAGGCCGAUCUUGACUACAUCGACGAUGAUAUCCGAUCCAGUUUCACAUUAUCAUGUUGGGAUGAUUGGGUUGGAAGAGUCCACGAAGAUGUAAUCGGCUCUCAUUGUCACGAGCCGAAGAUCGUCACCAAGGAUGAGCAUCUGGAGGCAAUGGAAGUAUUCGCUGGUUCCAUGUUUCACUACGGUGAGAUCCAUUCCGAAUCUGCAUCGAUGCUCUUGGAGAUAGUAUUUGGCAUGAUAUUCAGAACGAAGGAGGAUUACGGCUAUCUGCUACUGGACGACGAAACUAUGGAAGAGCUGCUUGGCGAGGACAUGCUGAGCGACACGUUUAGCGACGAAAUGCCAAGCCUACUCAGCGAAAGGGGGGAGGAUGACUGA